CGCGCAUGGCGGGAUUUUAAGGAGUACUGUAAUUGAAAGUACACAUCUUACACUUGAGGAAGGACAAACUCAUGAAUGAAUGGUGGACUAAUAAGUAGCUAACUUAUUCCAAGUCAAAGAAGAUAGCCACAAAGUUGGGAAGAACUGGAUUUUCACCCUAGUCCAGCAGCUUUGCUGCUCACUUAAACACAGAUGAAUGAAGACCCCAUUUGGAAAAUCACCAGGUCAGCGGUCCAGAGCUGAUGCAGGUCAUGCAGGAGUGUCUGCCAGCAUGAUGAAGAAAAGAACUUCCCACAAAAAGCAUAGAAACAAUGUGGGACCAAGCAAACCUAUUUCUCAGCCACGAAGAAAUAUUGUAGGCUGCAGAAUACAGCAUGGAUGGAAAGAAGGGAGUGGACCUGUGACACAGUGGAAGGGCACAGUUCUUGAUCAAGUCCCUGUAAAUCCCUCUCUCUAUCUUAUAAAGUAUGAUGGAUUUGACUGUGUGUAUGGACUAGAAUUGCACAAAGAUGAAAGAGUUUCAGCACUUGAAGUUCUUCCAGAUAGAGUUGCUUCGUCUCGAAUUAGUGAUGCCCACCUGGCAGACACAAUGAUUGGUAAAGCUGUGGAACAUAUGUUUGAGACAGAGGAUGGCUCAAAAGAUGAAUGGAGGGGGAUGGUUUUGGCUCGAGCUCCUAUUAUGAACACAUGGUUUUAUAUUACCUAUGAGAAAGAUCCUGUCUUGUACAUGUACCAGCUUUUAGAUGAUUAUAAAGAAGGUGACCUUCGCAUUAUGCCUGAUUCAAACUAUGAUUCACCUCCUGCAGAACGGGAACCAGGUGAAGUUGUGGACAGCCUGGUAGGCAAACAAGUGGAAUAUGCCAAAGAAGAUGGCUCGAAAAGGACUGGCAUGGUCAUUCAUCAAGUUGAAGCCAAACCAUCUGUCUAUUUCAUCAAGUUUGAUGAUGAUUUCCAUAUUUAUGUCUACGAUUUGGUGAAGACAUCCUAGACAUCAUUGUGAACUUUUUGCCAAAUUUGUGGAACUAUUAAAUGUAAAAUUUGUAGACACAAAGACUUGACUGCUUUCCAGUUUAAUGAAAGCUUAAAUGUCCCUGCGAACCCACAAUCUCUGCCAGCAAAACUGUUUUGUUUUGGAUAAUAUAAACAAACAUUGACAUAUUUUGUGUAAGAGAACUCCUUUUCUUCAAGGAAGCCAAUAUAUUUGGGCAGGAGGGAGUUAAAGGCAAAGAACAGCUGCAAAUUCAAGCUGUGUAAAGUUGAUCUAGUAUUGUAAUCAAUCUAAAUUUUUUUCAUAGAUUUUAACUUUUUCUUCAACCUUGCACUCACUUGUUCAACUGCUACAUGCAAGUGUAGUUUGAUGUUUUAUAUGCCUUCUUUUGUAACAUUAAAUUUAGUUUCUUGGCUACUGGCAGCCCUUGUUUUCAGGGUUGGGACAGAGGUGACUCUUCAGAAAAGUUUAAACAGUUUGUGCAGCAUUGAGGAGUGCCUAACCCAAGUAAUAUCACUCUGCUGUGUUUCUACACUUUAUUUCAAAUUUAGCUUUCUAAGAACUUGUAGUACAUGGAAACACUUGUGCAUUUUUACUAGUCAGAGGGCAGUAGGUUAUCAAACAUUUGACUUAUGCACCUUUCAGUGAAAAGGCUUUAAACUGUAAAAAUAUUUCAUCUAUAUAACCAGGCAAGUAGAAAAUGCAGGUUAAUGGCCCACGUUUACAAGUUGUAGGAACCAGUAAAAUACAUGCAACAAGGCUGCCUUUGAUCCUAAAUGUUGUACUUCUUUCUUUCUUUGUUCUUAGCAAAACCCAAGUGCUUGGUGCCACAACUUUAACAGUAUAUAUGCUACUUCAGAAGAUUUUAGACUACACAUUGGCAAUUGGUAGUCUGUCACUGAAUUUCAAAACCUAGCAACCUGAAUGUUUGUAUGUGAACGUAGAAGCCUAACAGUUGUUAGUAUUACACAUGGUAAAUGCAGUCUCAUGCCGGGGGGGUGGAAGGGGCUGUCCUUUUACAUUGAAUACUUACUUUGGAGAAGGAGAAGCGUUUGUUGCCUUCUGCUCAGUCUGUUGCAUUCCUUUCAUUUGUUUGGUGGGAUUUUUUUGGUUGGUUUUGUUUUGGGUUUUUCUGUGUGUGUGUGUUUUGGGGGUUUUUUGGUUGGUUGGUUUGGUGUGUUUUAACCAUUUUGGUUCAAGAAGGCAUUUCCCCAAUUUAUUCCUUCUUCUGGCUUUUCCACAUAAGGAGUGUCCAGACAAAUCUACAGCUUAAACCUAUUGUUACGUUUUGUGGUGUACAUUGUACUUGCUUUGAGGUAUGCUGUUAACGUGAGUUUCAUUCUAUGAACACUAGAGUUCUGCAUGCAAGUGGUGUACUAUCUAAUGGAAGCUAUAGGCAGUCUCAGUGGUUCAGUCAUCUGCAUUAGAUUGUGGAUGUAAAUAGCAGCCCACAACAGCAAAAUCCUUUCAUGUUUUAAUCUUGCAACAUAGAUGUAAAUGAAAAUUAGGGGGGUUUUAAGUGUGGCAGUUUUUAAAAGUAUCAAAAUUGCAACAGUGAUCAGCACAUCAGCAAACUGUCAUGUUACAUUAAGGCAGAGCUCUGCAAAUUUCAAAUAACUGCUUCAUAGAAAUACUGUAUGUGAAGACAGUCAACACUUGGUGGAAGGAGCAAACACUCUGAUAUCCAACCUUAUGCCAUUAGUGAAAGGAUGCAGGAGAGGUGCUGUUAAGGAUACAUCAGAGGUCCAGAUGACCUCUAUUGUGGGUAUUCUUGAUAUUGAAGACUCAGUGAUUUAAGCCCCUUUCUGUCUGUUUUCGGGUUUGUUUUGU